CCAUCCAAGCCAAGAGGCCAGGUGUUGCGGCACAGAAAAGAACCUGCAUUGUUUGGGUCGCUUUAAAUUUGUGCUGUUAACCUGACAGUUUCCUCGCAGCUUUCAAAGCGUACACUUACGUUGAAGUAGCUGGGUUAUGUUGCUGACUGUUUGUAGAACAUUAGAUGGUAAAUUUUGUGCUUAACCACAGCGUAAAGAUCAACAGUAAAUAAGUUAUCAAACGCCGUUCUUAGCGUUUCGCCUACACGCCAACACACAGGUUUCGCAUUUACGUAUUUUGGAAUCCUACGAGCGACAUGGAAAAAUCGGCAGAUGUAGAAGCAGCGAGUGAAGAGCCAGCGGUAGUAGGUUGUUCAGGCAACGAUAAUGGUCCUGCCACAGCGACGGACUCUGCAGAACCGAGCGAUACAAAGAAGAAGGCUAAGUGGACUAAAGGCAAACGGAGGAAGAGGGCUCGUGAUGUCAAUGCACCGGAACGACCACUCACAGGCUACGUCCGUUUCCUGAAUGAUCGGCGGGAGGGUGUCCGAACUGCGAACCCUACGGCCAGCUUUCCAGAUGUCACAAAGAUCCUGGCCAUUGAGUGGAGCAAGCUUAGUCCCCAGGAAAAACAGAAAUACUUGGAUGAGGCUGAGAAAGACAGGGAGCGCUACUCGAAGGAAAUGGAGCAGUACCAGCAGACAGAAGCCUACAAAAUCUUCACAAAGAAGCAGCACGAAAAGAAAGUGAAAGGUGAUGAUGCCAGUGCAGCAGCCACUACAAAUGGCACAACAGCUGAUGCAGCAAGUGAAGACAGCAAGAAGGAUGAGAUACCUGGCUUCGACAUUCCUAUCUUCACGGAGGAGUUCCUCGAUCACAACAAGGGAUGUGAGGCAGAGCUCCGACAGCUGCGCAAGUCCAACACGGAGUACGAGGAGCAGAAUGCCAUUCUUGGCAAGCACAUAGAUACCAUGAAGGCAGCAAUAGAAAAGCUUGAAGUGGAGACUGUCCAACAGAAGAACAACAACCUUGCCUUGCAGCAGCAUCUGGCCACCUUGCGUACGAACCUUGCGGCAAGUUUUUCGAGCCUGCCAUUGCCUGGAACAAGUGAAACAGCAACAUUGGACAACAUAGACAGCUACAUGGCUAAACUUCACAGCAUCAUCUUGGAUCGACCACAAGAACAUGAAGCACUAAUUGCUUCUGUCCGUGAGAUCGCUAAUCGCAUGGAGUACCAAGGAUGAACACAGAUUAACACUAUGCCAAUGGUAGAUAAACUUAAGCAUUUGUGUGCUGUACAUAGUGCUUCAUUCUUACUUACAUUGCUGAACUGGCCGAUCAAAUACAUCUUCAUCAUCUAC